UGAUUGGUACUUGCUCUCCAUUCGACUAGUCCUCAGGACAGAGAGGAAAUUCCACUUCACCUUUCAAGAUCCAGCUCAGAUGCUACCAUCUCUGCAAACCCAUCCAUGAAUUUUCCUCUUGCCCUAUGUGGGACUAAUAAUUCAGGUCCUAACUGGAAGGCAGCAUGUCCAAUUUCACCUUGAGAAAAACAAGUCCCACAGGAAACGAUAUGAGGACUACCAUGCAGGGGAUCACACUGAGGCAACAGGGUUUCCAAGAGGUCAACAAAAGAAGGACUUUCUUACAGGAUAAUAGCUGGAUAAAGAAACGUCCUGAAGAAGAAAGAGAUGAAAAUUACGGUAGGGCGGUGCUCCACAGACAUAAUUCCCACGAUGCCUUGGACAGGAAAGCAAAUGAGAGGGAAGAGCCAAAAGCCACAAUCAGUCGGUACAGAUCUGAUGACACUUUGGACAGGAUUUCAAACAGAAAUGAUGCUGCUAAAACAUAUAAGGCCAAUACCCUGGAUAACCGACUAACCAAUAGAAAUAUGUCCACGUUUCAACCACCAGAAGUGACAAAGACGCAACCUGGAGGCUUGUCCAGCGCAAACGCCACCAACACCCCAGCUUCCACCUCCACUACUACUCCUGUGAAGAAAAAAAGACAGUCCUGGUUUCCACCACCCCCUCCAGGUUACAACACCACCCCAAACACAGGAGCAAGCAGAAGGGAACCAACUGUUCAUCCUCCAAUACCUCCAAAGCCCAGUUCUGCUGUUUCAUCUCCUAACCAGCUGAAGCAGGAUAGUAGGCAGAUAUAUCCAGCUAAACCAAGUGUAUAUACAGAAGCCAAAAGAUCUGCUGAAAGAAAUACAAGGAGUCAGGACCUGGAGAACAUUGUCAAAGUGGCCACUUCGCUUCAGAAAACUAACAAGGGUGAAGAAUUGGAUAAUCUCAUCAAAAUGAAGAAAAGUUUGAAUAGAAAUCAAGGUCUUGAUGGUCUCUUCAGAGCAAAUCUUAAGUCAGAAUUAACGGAGAAACGAGCCAAAAGCCUUGAAAAUCUCAUCUUUGUGAAUACCCGGACAGAUAAAGAUGGCAAAGGAAACCAAGGCCUUGGAAGUCUUAUUAAGGUUAAUCAAAGGGCUAACAAAAUCGAGAAAGGAAGCCAAGAUCUCAAAGAGGUUAUUAAAGCAAACGCCACGACAGAUCAGACAAGCAGAGGAAGUGAAGACCUUGAUAGCAUUAUCAAAGUGAAUCCCAAAGAAAGUGCAAACACCACUGGGAAGCAAGACCUCAAUGGGCUUAUUAAAGUAAAUCCUGAAACAAAUAAAAAUAUUAAGAGGGGCCAGAGUCUUGAUAAUCUCAUCCAAGUGACCCCUGAAGUUAACAGAAGUAACCCAAGUUCCAAAGACCUGGAUAACCUCAUCAAAGUGAACCCAAGAACUGGGAAAAGUGCGCGAGGGGACCAAAGUCUUGACAACGUCAUCAAAGUGACUUUGGAAACAAACAAAACUAACCAAGGGAGCCAAGACCUAGACAGUCUUAUCAAAGUGACUCCCUCAGCAAAGAAAAGCAGUGAACAAGGUCUUGAUGAACUUAUUAAUGUAAGCCCCAAAGCUGUCAAAAACACUGCUAGAAAUCAAGAUCUUGAUAAGCUCAUCAAAGUGAAUCCUGAAAUUCUCCUCAACAAUCAAAGAAACCAGGAUCUUGAUAACCUCAUCAAAGUGAAUCCUGCAGUAAUCAGAAGCAAUCAAAGCCAAGCUUUAGACAAUCUCAUUCAAGUGAAACCUUCAGCACUCAGAAAUACUAAGAGAGACCAGAACCUCGAAAAUUUAAUUGACAUAAAUUCCAAUGAGUCUAAGAAUAAGAAUGAAAGGCAAAAUGGCCAGGUCACUGGAUCUACUGAGGCUUUAAUCAGCCCAUCCUCCAGAACAGCUGCCUAUUCUCAUGAAGCCAGGAAGACACUCAGCUCCAAUGCUGAAACCAGGCAUGCAGGGCCAAAGGAUACAGUUGUGUACACAAGGACGUACAUGGAGAAUAGCAAAUCACCGAAGGAUGGAUAUCGGGAGACUGUCUCUGGAAAAUAUAUACAAACUGUUUAUUCGACUUCAGAUAGGUCUGUCAUUGAGAGAGACAUGUGCACCUACUGUAGAAAACCCCUAGGCACAGAAACCAAGAUGAUUUUAGAUGAAUUACAAAUUUGCUGCCAUUCGACUUGCUUCGAGUGUGAAAUAUGCAAAAAACCUUUGGAAAACCUACAAGCAGGUGACAGUAUUUGGAUUUACAGACAGACAAUACAUUGUGAAUCUUGCUACUCUAAAGUUGUAGCCAAGUGGAUUCAGUAAUUCUGGCACAUGAAAAUCAAGAGGAAAGGAUUCAUCGAGGAAUUAAAAUUUUUAUUAUAAGAACAUGUAAUCUAAAAAAGCUUUAUACCAAUGACUGACUCUUUGUAUAACAAUUCUGCUAUUGCAUAAAUAAUAUAAUUGCUUAUACUAAGGUCACAUACAUAAAGGGAACCAUCUGAUAUCUGGUUAGAUUUAGAGAUAAAAUAUUCAAGUGGUCUAGUUACCAACAUCAAAGGAAGGAUGUUUCUGAUGGCAGUGAGCAUUGUCAGCCUUGACCAGGUCCAUCUCUGCUCAGUAUUAGGCUGUGCAUCACGGUUUCCAUUAGAGACCAGGAUUCCCAAUUUCUCAUUUUUUGUUUCCCUAGGGAUUUGAAUUUACAGAUGUUACUGACAUCUUGACAAAACUGUCAAGGAAGCAAGAUAUGUACAUUUCUUGUGUGCAAAAGAAAUGUUCAUAGAAAUUUUGGCAGAAAGAUAAAGUCUGGCAGAAAGGUGUUAGUGUAUAAUGGUGUACAGACCUCAGAAAAUCACUUAAACUAUUCAGAUUUUGGUGCUGUUAUCUGUAACAUGAGGGGAAAUGGAGAAAAUAAUUUCUGAGGUCACUUUCUGCUCCAAAACUCUCAGAUUCUAAAGCAAGUUUUUGUUUGAUCUUUAGAAUCAUACCUGAGUCUGUUUGUUAAGCAUGUGGAACUAGAUAGGAUAUCUAAACAAUUUAAUGUUGGUGUCAUCCUUUAGUUUAUUACAGAUAUAAGUUUUAUAGAACAUGUUUUAUAAAUACAAAGACAUGCAUUUAUUGGUAAUGGGUAAAAAUCAUAUGGUAUGUAUAGCUUACAUAUUAUAAUUUGUUAUGCUUUCUUUUCAAAAUCUGGAUAUGUAAAUGAUCUAUGAGAAAUAAUGGCAAUGGACUAAAAGACAUGUUCUUUAGCAUGCCAAACCUAUUCCUACUACAUAGCACUUUAUAUUUACAGAUGGCUUAUAAAAAUAAAAUGAACUGUCAGUUACACAGAAUCUUCUUGUGCGGCCUCUAUAAAUAUUACUCAAUGACAUUGAUACUGUCAAGUAUAGUGAUCAUAAUUUAUUGUAUUCUGUGCUAUGCUACUUAAUUUUUUUGUCUUCUUAAGCCAUAACAUUGAUUUUUAAAGAGCUUUUUCUUAAGGAAUUGAAAAGUCAGUAAUCUUGUGUGGAAUUAUUAUUAUUAAAAUUGAGACAUUGCACUUAUAAACUAUUUUAUAUGCAUAUAGGAACUGCUUCUCAAAGGAAAGCAUAUGGAACAUUGAGAGAGGGUGAGAUUCUAAGGGAGUUUAAGGCAGUUAUAUAAAACUGACAAACUAAGGAAACCAAAAAGAUAAUCAUGUAUUUUCUAACUGUUGCUAAAUGUAAAGAAUGAUUCUUCCGUGUAAUGAUUUCAAGCAUCUGUUCCUCUUAGACACUGAUCCACAAAGUGUUAAACACUAAAUGCUUAUCAAAACACAGCAAUGUGUAAUCAUUGUCCUAUGGAGAGGAAGCCAGAAAAAACAAUUAAUAAUAAUUUGAUACUCAUUAAUUCAUGCUUGAUGAGAAGUGGUGGUAAUUGAGCCAUAUGUUUUAUUGUUCUCUUAUUACAUGCUAUCAGAGUGGAUCAAAAGAAAUAAUUUUCUUAGAGUUGAAAUUCGUGGCAGGAAAGGACGAGUAGAAUAGUAGCCCUCUCUUUUAUAGAAAGUGUAUUAACAUCUCAAUGCCUUUGUAGUAAUUAAAAAUCAUUUGAAUAUCAUUUUUAAAGGACUCCACUGUUGAAUGCUUCACUUCAAAAAAAAAAAAACCUAAAAGGGGCAUAAUUCUCACUUUUCUGUAGCUGUUUAAUGGACCCUUUCUUCUACAAUAAUGUAUUAAAUUAAACCAAAAGCUGUUGUAAAAAUAGAGUGGAUACAGAGUGAAGAGAAAAGGGCUUCUGAUUUUAUCAAGUCUGCUUCAUUAUGUCUGGGAUUAUUUGCACCAUAGGAAUGGCAGAUUUCUAAAACAAUUUGUAAGAUCUCAUUUUUAUUUGCAGCGAAUUAUGUUAUGAUUGGCAUAUUUUUCCUGGACACAAGUGCCUACAUCUCAGAAUACCAGGUCCUGGAUUCUAUUACUAAUUAAAGGAUGUCUCUAAAAAAUAAUUAAUUGCUCCACUAUGACAGCAUUCUUCUGAAAAACAACAUAAAAUUUAUCUAGUAAUCUUGGAGAUAAAAUCUGUUAAAAUCUUUUUUUUUCUUUUACUAAGGCCAAGAAAUAAAAAUUUAUUCAAGAAGUAA